CCUCGUGGGUUCCAGCCCCCGGCCCCGGCCCCCGAGUCCCGCGCGGGCCGGGCAGGGGCGGGGCGUCGGGCCAGCUGAGCUAUCCCGUCAGACCGCGCCAGUUUGAAUGAAAGCUCCUCAAGAUGGCGGCGGCCGAGGAGCGAGGAGCUUGGUGUGUGCCUUGCCUAGUUUCAAUUGAUACUCUUCAGGAAUUAUGUAGAAAAGAAAAGCUCACAUGUAAAUCGAUUGGAAUCACCAAAAGGAAUCUAAACAAUUAUGAGGUGGAAUACUUGUGUGACUACAAGGUAGUAAAGGAUAUGGAAUAUUAUCUUGUAAAAUGGAAAGGAUGGCCAGAUUCUACAAAUACUUGGGAACCUUUGCAAAAUCUCAAGUGCCCAUUAUUGCUUCAGCAAUUCUCUAAUGACAAGCAUAAUUAUUUAUCUCAGGUAAAGAAAGGCAAAGCAGUAACUCCAAAAAAUAAUAACAAAGCUUUGAAACCUGCCCUUGCUGAGUACAUUGUAAAGAAAGCUAAACAAAGGAUAGCUCUACAGAGAUGGCAAGAUGAACUCAACAGAAGAAAGAAUCAUAAAGGAAUGAUAUUUGUUGAAAAUACUGUUGACUUAGAGGGCCCACCUUCAGACUUCUUCUACAUUAAUGAAUACAGACCAGCUCCUGGAAUCAGCUUAGUAAAUGAAGCUACCUUUGGUUGUUCCUGCACAGAUUGCUUCUUUGAGAAAUGUUGUCCUGCUGAAGCUGGAGUUCUUUUGGCUUAUAAUAAAAACCAGCAAAUUAAAAUCCCACCUGGUACCCCCAUCUAUGAAUGCAACUCAAGGUGUCAGUGUGGACCUGAUUGUCCCAAUAGGAUUGUACAAAAAGGUACACAAUAUUCACUUUGCAUCUUUCGAACUAGCAAUGGCUGUGGCUGGGGUGUAAAAACCCUUGUGAAGAUUAAAAGAAUGAGUUUUGUCAUGGAAUAUGUUGGAGAGGUAAUCACAAGUGAAGAAGCUGAAAGACGAGGGCAGUUAUAUGACAACAAAGGCAUCACAUAUCUCUUUGAUCUGGACUAUGAAUCUGAUGAAUUCACAGUGGAUGCAGCUCGAUUUGGAAAUGUGUCUCAUUUUGUGAAUCACAGUUGUGACCCAAAUCUUCAGGUGUUCAACGUUUUCAUUGAUAACCUCGAUACUCGUCUUCCCAGAAUAGCGUUAUUUUCCACAAGAACCAUAAAUCCUGGAGAAGAGCUGACUUUUGAUUAUCAAAUGAAAGGUUCUGGAGAUAUAUCUUCAGAUUCUAUUGACCAUAGUCCAAACAAAAAGAGGGUGAGAACUGUAUGCAAAUGUGGAGCUGUGACUUGCAGAGGUUACCUCAACUGAAUUUUUGGAAAAUAGAGCUGAUGAUAAUUGUAGUUUUGGUUUUUUCUAAUUGUUAAAAUUUUUUAAAAAAUAAGUAUUUGGGACUAAUUUUUGUAUUAUCAAGAGUAUACCUAAGUUAAUUUCCAGUUCAUGCUUCAAGACAUUUGCCAAAUGCAUUACUGAUGCUUCUGAAGAGAGACACAGGGUCACGUAGACUGAUGUGAGUAUGUGUAUUUAGUGGUCAGACACCAAACAUGGAAGGUGAGCUAAUUACCUAUCAGCAUAUGCAUACUUAAGAAAUCUAUGUGAAUAGAGAAAUGCCUCCUUCAGUGUUUGAAAAGUGUUAAACUGGUAACGUAACAGUUGCUGGAAUCAAACAUUCAACUUGCCAUACACCUUGAAUUUGGAGAAAUAAUUCAAUUUGGGCAAAUAUACAAGUUCUAUUUUUGUUACUAUAUUGUUAUUUUUGUUUA